UGAACCGACAGAAAAUCUGUAAAUAUUAGAUGUUUAACUGCAGUGGAAAAUAAAUUUGUACUGUGAAACUACGGACAAUGAAAGUUUUCAUGUUAUGUAAUCAUUUUUUCUCAAUAUUUCAUUUAUUGCAUUUAAUAUAUAAUAAAAGUAAGACGUCUUUUAAAGCAGAAGUUGCAGACGUGUUUAAAAAUAGAAAAAUAGUGUAAAUCGCACAGAUCACGUGCUCGUCUAUACUUAAGAUACUAUUACACAAAUUUACAUAGAUUGUAAGCGGAAGUUAACUAUCUCCCCGAAAAUAUUAUUAAAGUGUGACAUAUAAUAACGUCUUUGACAAAAUGGAUGAUAUUAUUUGUAACUGACACAAUUCAAACUCUCUGACGCAUUAUGUCGGGAAAAAAGGAGAAAAAGUCCCUGUUUCAAAGUUUUUUUUCAAAGAAGAAAGAAAACAAAGAUAAUGCGACAGAUUCAGACUUAUCACCGGUUGGCUUAUAUACGACUCAAUACAGAUCGCACCAUCCUUCAAGUCACGUGACAUUAGAACAGAUUAAAACAUGGAGUGAUUUCUAUACAGAAGUGAAGAGUUCAGAUAAAUCAACGUCAACGUCACACUAUGACGUCAAUGAGUUUUUAAAUCAGAAGGUAUCACUUUGGGUUGGAGACAUUACAACGCUGAAAAUCGACGCCAUUGUAAAUUCUGCUAGUCACGACCUCGUGCAUUUCGGAGAAGUUGGAGAAAGGAUACAUCUAGCCGCUGGUCCGGAGUUAGCAAACAAGUGCGCUUCUAUUGGACUCUGUGAAUAUGGCAAGGCGGUAAUUACCAAAGGUUACAGGCUUCAUGCAAAGUAUAUCAUUCACACGGUUGUACCACGUAUGGACCGGAAAAAUCGAUUUUUGUACCUGAAGAAAUGUUAUAGAUCAUGCUUAGAUAUGGCACGUGACAGGAAUAUUAAAACAGUAGCAUUCCCAAGCAUAGGUACACAAUAUUGUGGCUUUGCUGUGAAGGAUGCAGCCCAAAUAGCCGUAUCAACUACGAGAGAAUGGCUUCUGGAAAAUGACAACAUACAUCAUAUCGAGAGAAUCAUCUUCAGUGUGAUAACAGUUAUCGGUGAGAAGACUUACAGACAGACACUUAAGACUUACUUUCCAGUUGAACAGCAGGAAACAGUGCCACAAGUUAUAAGCGUAGAUCCACAUGCGUUAUCACUCUACCAAAGGGCCAUCAAAGAAGGAAAGGAAUGCGAUCCUGCCAUUCGUGUUAAUAUCGUUGGAAAUUAUGGCCAAGGCAAGUCAUCUCUGAAAAGAAGACUAGUUGGGCAUAGUAUUGAAGGAGUUACAAGUACCAAUGGCAUUGAUGUUGCUCGACAUAAAUUUAAACGAUCAAGUGACGGUAGACUGUGUUUACAUGAAGAAGAAGAAGGGCGAGAGAUAGUUAGUCGUGUGGUAGAAAUUGUACGUAAAGCAGAACUUGAAAGUAGUCUAGAGGAUUCUCACGAGCAAGAGUCAGUGGAAGCUGUUGAUGAGGUAGAUGCUAUACCUAUUGGUAAUGUAGUUGACUUAUAUAAUCGAUUACCUACCACUGAUGUAGAUGGCUUAAUUAAUGUUCAGGAAUUACCAAACUCUGCAAAAGAAUCUAAUGUCAAAGAUGAUCAUAGUCUUCCAAGCUCUGAAGGAAACAAUAAUGAUUUAAGUCUUUCCAUCCCCAUCAACGGAACACCCAGACGAGUUCUUUCGGAAAAUGAGAUGAUUUCAUUUAUAAAUGACAUUAAAAUUUCUGAUUCAAAGAAAGCCUCAGAUGCAAUAUUAGACUUUUGGGACUUCGGGGGACAGUAUGUCUUCUAUGCUACACAUACAAUGUUUCAUAGUCAGCAAGCUAUAUAUCUACUUGUUUUUGAUUUGACAACUGAUUUUAAGGAUGUCGUUAGAGAUGAAGAGUUUCCAGGAGAGACUGGCAAUAAAACAGUUGAAUAUUUCAUACGAUUUUGGAUGAAUUCCAUCCAUUCCUUUGUUGGCGAUUGUGACGGAUCCUUACCUAGAGUUAUAUUAGUCGGCACACAUAAAGACAAGAUAAAGGCAGAAACUGAUGAUGAAAGAACUCAAAUCUGUGAAGAAUACUUCGAUAAAAUUCGGCAAAUGUUUGAAGACACGACAGUUUUUCAGCACAUACAUCAAAACGAUUUUGCUGUUGAUAAUGUUGAACAAAAUGAUGAAAUCAUUUCUCGGUUACUUGAGGAAAUCGUAGGGAUUGGCGACGAGUUGUCAAAGAAAGAAGAAAUUCCGGCUCAAUGGUUACCGUUAGAAAGAGAAUUGAAGAAAAGGCGGAGUCAGAAACUUAUCACAUUAGAUGAAAUAUUGCACAUUGAUGCAACAAAUGAAUUUCCAUUAUCAGAUGAAGACCAGGUGAAACUCUUUCUGCGAUAUCAUCACUCUAAGGGAACCUUGUUCUACUUUGACGAAGAACCAAUUGCAGAUCAUGUUAUUCUAGAUCCACAAUAUUUAAUUGAUGCUUUCAGAUGUAUAAUUACAUCAAAAGCUUUUUGUAAAAAUGUAAUGAAAUGUCAAAGCACUCGAAAAUCCUUUGAAAGACUUGUUCAUGAUGGCAAGCUUGAGAAUGCUCUUAUAGAUAAGGUAUGGGAUGAUAACUUUAUUCAGCAUAAGGACGUUCUGCUUGGAUUUCUGAAAAAGCAUUAUGUGAUUUCAGAAGCUAUGAAGUUUGACGAUAAUACAGGAAAAACAGAGCGUCUUGGUUGGUACAUUGUGCCAAGUCUAUUAAAAGACCACAUCUCAACAGAUGACGUCGCUGAAAUAAUAACCGACAGAAAACAGUCACGGACUCGAUUUGUGAUGUUGUUUGAAGACUCGUCUCUCCUGCAGACAAUAUUUAGCCGCCUUAUGGCCGCACUUUUGGGAAAAUGGUCCCUUGUUCCUUUACCAAAAUGUCCAAAGAAACACACUUUAUUUGAAAAUCUGGGUAUGUUUCAAUUAGACAAAGUUCACUUGGGAUUAGUUGAAGUAAAAUGUUUUACUAUAGAACUGCUCAUUAUUGGACUUUGUAUUUCUAAAGACAUAGUAAGAAGAGUGGGAGACCGGUUUCGGCGGUAUUGUGAAUCAGUCAUUGGACAUGAAUUUGAAUGUCUUCGUACCAGAACCGAAUAUGUUAGCAAGCCAUAUAAGUACGCAUUUAGAUGUAAUCACACAACACAUGGCAUAGAUGGUAGCAAAGGACUGAUAGAAGAAAUAGAUGAUGAAGUAUUGCCGUGUCCAGAUCUAGAUAAACAACAUGACGUUUUUGUUAAAAGUGCCAAAUCAGAAUGGUUUUUACAGGAGCAAGUAGACACUUCCAAUCAAAAUAAAGGAUUGACUGACAAAAAAUUAAGUAAUGUGGCAAAAGCUAUUGGAAAUAACUGGCAACUUCUCGGCGUUGAACUUAAACUAACACAAACGCAAAUUGAUCAAGCCACCUAUGAUGGUAACACUAUGGUAAUGAAAGUGUUCAAUAUGUUGAUGACGUGGAAACGUGAAAAUGUUUGUCACGACAUGAAUGUUCUUGGUGAGGCAUUGAAUAAUGUCAAAGAUAGAGUGACAAUUGACUGGGAUGUGAUAAGGAACAUUUGUGACAGUAAUGACUGAGAACUUUUGGUUGACUAAGAUUUGAAAGAUUAAAGGAUGCUAUAAACCACUCUUUAACGGAGACAACUGCACAUGCUAAUGCCAUGUUUAAAGGCAGUGGCGAGUAAACAGAACUUUUGACUUUAGUGAAAUAAAAGGGUGAUCUUAGGAAUCAGUAUUAUCUUACUCGACAAUCAAAACUGUCACGAACCGUAUAUGCACAUUAAAAUUUGAAAGGUGUUUCAAUAUUGUCUAAUGGAAUGUUCAUAUGCCAUACUUUUGACAUUCUGUACGCGUUCAGCAAUAAGAUGAUACUGUUUAGUAAUGUAAAUAAUUACUAAAUACAUAUCAAGGAUAGUAUAUCUACUCAAGUGCCCGCUCGUGCG